CUCUCUGCCAGCGCCAAGAACAGAGGUGGCUUUUAUUUGCUCUUCUCCAACAGCCUGUGACAUCAGCUCUGUUUGAAGACCUCAACAAUAAACGGCGCGGGAUGGAAGAAUAGAGAUGGCAUUAAUGGUCAAGAUUUGAGAAAGGUGAGCAAGGUGUCAUGGGUGACUCGGAACAAUGAAGCAUCAGUGAAGAAGUUAUAGUGGUGAAGAAGAAAUCAAUGUUGUUAUGAUGGAUCAAGGCGAAAUGAAGAUUCAAGAGGAGGAUCUGCCACCUGACAUGAAGGACUGGACUAAACAUCAUGUGAGAGAAUGGGCUCUCAAGUUGGAUGAUGUGGAUGAUACAGAUGCUGAAAUACUGUUAAAGCAAAACAUUAGUUGGCGUAGUCUUUUGCUUUUAGAUACAACAGACUUAAACAAAAUGGGUGUGACUUAUGGAUCAGCAAAACUUAUCAUCCAUGCCAGAAAUGAGGUAGUGAAAUUAAAGAAAGAGGGGCCAAAAAGCUCUACAUUUCAGCCUGGGAGACCAUGCAAGCCUUAUCCAUUUUGUAGGUACGAUGAUACAUACAGAUACAUGGAGAGCAGCGUUCUUGAUAUUACAGAAUCAGGUGCCUCAGACUUGAUUGAACCCUGCCAUGAGUAUAAAGGUUUUAACAAUACACCAGAUGAAUUUAAAAUGAUCAAAUUCACUGAUGAGGUUAUUCGCUUCGCAGCUGCCUGCAUGAAUAGCCGCACCAAUGGCACGAUACAUUUUGGAAUAGGGGAUGAGCCAAACUUCACUCACGGUCAAGUGUUAGGAGUCGUUGUUAAGGACAAAGAGGCUUAUGAAAAGGCAUUACGACCUGCCAUUGAUGAUUGUUUUGAGUACAAACACAAAGCAACAGCUCAAAGAUGCAUCAGACCUGUUCGAUUUGUUGGGGUUCUCAAUAAGAGUCAGACAUCGUCUGACAAAUGUGUGAUAGAAGUGGACAUAGUUCCUGACUCUACAAUCUGUGAAGAAAGAGAGAUCUAUCACACAUUCAACAACACAAAAAAAGCGAAGAAAAAAGCAAAAGACAAAGAAACAGUCAAAACUGAAACAAAUCAAUCGAAACAGUUCUAUGUCCGAGAUGGUGGUAGCAGCAGGGAUCUCCUAAAACCAACCACGUCUGCCAAACCUAUGGAGGAGUACAACAAGUUUGUUGACAACAUGAAACAACGAUCACAGCUCCGAAAACAAGCUGAAGAGAAACACCUCAGUGUGAUAAAAACCAGUACUCAAGGCUCAAGAUUAAGUCAGAUGAUAACCGGUGGAUCGCUCUCUUUAGAUAAGUCACACUUUGAGCGAUAUGUGAUAGUAACUAACAAAGCACAUUCAAGCCAGUUUGAAUCACUAGGGUUUCUUGUAGAACUCAAUCCAACAGCAGUUUUGGACUUUGAUCCAGAAACAGCUAAAGAUGGAUUAGAGUGUCACUUCGAACAGCAGAGUCCAGUAAGUGUCCAUUUACCAGCACAGUAUAAAAUCACAGGACCAAUUGAGGACAUCGCAAGCAAUUUGAAAUUAACUCGAAACACCAGCUGGGUAUGCUGCAAUGGCGGUAUUGAGAAUGAGGCACCCUCAGACAUAGACCAGUGGUUGAUGGACAAGGGAGCCUCGGUUCGAGAUGUGAUUUCUUUCUUGUGUCGGAAAGAUGUGCUUCCAAACAAGAGAUUCCUCGUCAUUUUCUUACUUUGGUCAACGGUGAGUGAGAAGAUCGACCCACUUGUUGAGACCUUCAGUACAUUUUGUCAGGAGCUCAGAGGCACAGACCAGAUCCUUUGUAUAUGUGAUAACAAAAAUGCAUUUACCUCCUGGAAAGACCUAAUCGAGGCUAGGUGCGGAAUCAACAUCUCUGGUAGAUGUAUAUUUGAGCUCAGUUUUGCUGAAGUCAAUGGCACUAUCCUUAGUCUUUUGUCAAAAAACCGAAGAUCCAUCCGUUUCCUACCCUGUGGUCAGGGAAGCAGAGUGCUUCUUGAAAAGAAAGUGGAGCGUAGCCUGAACACAUUAGAGGUUCUGUGUGUGAACCAAUGUGAAGGUGGAAACGAGGACAAAAUUGUCAAAGAGGAGAACUUCUACAGAGGAGGCAAAGUGUCAUGGUGGAAUUUCUAUUUUUCAGAGCAGCCUGGAUCCACACCAUUCAUCAAACGAGACAAGUUUGACUACAUCAUGAACACAGUCAUAAAAGAUUUGUGCUUCCUGAGAAAAGCCUGCGUGUUGUUCAACCUCCUCCAUGUACCUGGUUGUGGUGGAACAACUUUGGCCAUGCAUACUUUAUGGGCUCUCAGGGACAGAUUCCGUUGUGCCAUCCUUAAAGACAACAACGCAGACUUGGCUGAGGUAGCACAUCAAGUGGUCAAACUUUUAACGUAUGUCCAUAAGGAGCAAUUACCACAGGCCCCUGUUAUGCUGAUGAUAGAUGACUUUGAUGAUAUGGAAAAAGUAUUUGACUUGCAGCAGCUCAUUGAAAACGAAUGUGAGAAGAAAAACAUUCAGUCUAAGUCUCCACAGGUGUUCCUCCUGAACUGCAUGAGGUCAGAGUUCUCUGGGACGAUUGAACCAUCUGAAGACACUGUAUACAUUGGAAAUGAUCUCUCUGAGACAGAGCAGAAACUGUUUGAGGAAAAGCUUGUAGAAAUAGAGAAAACACAUAAGAAUGCUGAAACGUUCUAUGGUUUCAUGAUCAUGAAGAAGAACUUUAAGCCAGAGUAUAUUCAGGGUGUUGUACACAACACUCUGAAGAGCUUCAACAGGAAUCAGAAACAUGCACAACUCCUGGCUGUUUUAGUUCUGUUGGAUGCAUACUGCAAGCGUGCCUCUCUCUCUGUCUCUCUGUGUGAGGAAUAUCUUGGUCUUCAACCAAAACCAUAUUGUGGAACUAUCAAAGUGGAAGAAGGAUUUGGGAAAUUUUCCACUUUAAUUGACAGCUGCUCAGUCGAGAGUAAAGUAGAAUUCAAAGCUGUGAAAGUGAUUCAUUCAAGUAUUGCAAGACAAUGUUUGCAGGAACUUGCAACAACACACAACAUGAGCAAAGCUGAUAUCACCGACAUUCUUCUGACCACAAACAAGCUGUAUGAAUGUACACAAGGCAAAGAAAAACUCCUGCAAGAUGUUCACCACAUUUUGGUGAAGAGACAUUAUUCAUUGGUGGAGGAAUCUCAUUUCUCUCCACUCAUUCAAGACAUUGCAAAAGAAACUCCUGGUAUGGAAGAGGUCGUGCUGAUAAAUGCAUCAAAAAGAUUUGAGAAAGAUGCCAUUGUCUCUCAGUUAUUAGCCCGGUAUUACUACUUAAAAAAGAGAGAUUUCCCAGAGGCAAAAGUUUGGGCAGGGAAAGCAAAAGAUCUUUCCACAGACAGCUCAUAUAUUGCAGACACAUCAGCACAAGUUAUCAAGCAUGAGCUGAAGAAUGCCAUUACAAACUCCAAGGAAGAGCCUAUUAGUCCUCAAAACUUGAACACGUUUCUCAAAAUGGCUCAAUCAGCAAUAGAUGCAUUCAAGGAAACACAGAGUCUCGCAAAGAAGGAGUCAAUUCAGCGAUUAAAAAUCAAAACAGACAACUGCCCUUUUAAUACAUCAGGGUGCCUGGGAGAAAUUCAGGUUGGAGUACUUGUCAUUGAAGUGCUGGCAAAGACCCCGAUAUUUUCAAAUGACAAUGUCCGUCAUGACAUCAUGAGUCAGAUUCUCUCUGAAGGUAUUACACUUCAGAACCUAGAGAAAAAUGAUAAAUGGUACAGAAAACACAAACCCUACUACAACAUUCUCAGAGAUUUUGAGGACGUACUUUACAACCUCAAAUACAGAAUGAAAACGAACUUCGUCCUCCUUGACAACUUUUAUGUGAACUUGGGUUCCAGAUUUGGAAUGAAAGAGAGUCGAGAACAAGUAGCCCAGAAUGAGCUUUGCAGAUGCUUCAGAGAGUAUGCCAAGCUUUUCUGCAAGACAGAUUCUGCAGCUCUUUGGAAGAACAAAACCAUCCCUCUCAUGCUCAAACUACACGAGGUAAGACAAUUCCUCGAGAUGCAAAAAGCUGAUUCAUACUCUGGGAUACUGAAUUAUCUCUCAAAUGACAUCUCAAUGGAAAUAAUGGAGAAGAUCGCCAAACAGCAUGCGUUUUUGUGUGUUUGUGAUCAUCGCCCAUCUGUGAAGGAGAGAAUCGACUUCCUCUAUGUCAAUGUUGUGUUGAGUUGUAUCAAACUACAAUCACAAAACCUUCAGCCAUACCAUAAACUAACUGAGCUCCUUCUCAAAGUUUUGCGUGAGCAAAUUCAAAUAAAUGACGUAUUACCACUGUACUUCAUCACAGUUGUGCUGUUGUGGCCACAGCCGGGCGUUCAACCAUGCAUACGUCUGGGGAAGUACAUCUCACAGAUGAAGACCUCUUAUCAUACAGAGAUGAGGGAAAUGUACAAUGGAAAGAGACCCAUUGUCCAUUUCUUCUUGGGGAAGAAGCAGGGCUAUGAGCGACUAGUGCCCCUCAGGGAAAUCAAAAGGUGCAUCAGAACAUCAGAACAGUUUGCCUCCAUGUGGGAAAAUGGCAGAAUAUGGAAGGAGAAGAAGGUAGAGGAGCUCCUUUGCAGAGUUACAGGCGAGGUGAAGAACAACCUGAUCCUGGCAGAUACUUGUUUCCCAGAUCUGAAGAUCGAAGUCACUCCAAUGUUUCGAAGUCAGCUUAGCUGGCGUGCUGAUGGGUCAAAAGUGUCUUUCUUCACUGGCUUCUCGAUGAAAGGCCCUCUAGCACUUGACAUUAACUAAGUCUUAAAAGCACACAGUUCCAUAAGUAUCAGUAUUGGUACUGAUUAGUACUUUGAGUAAAACAGAUCCACAAUUACUGGUUAAAUCACUUUUCAAGGUAUACAAGGCUGAGUUGCUUGUUGUUUAAUUUGAUUCUUUAAUGCAUUUUUUGUGUGGCUCUUACAUCAUUGAUACCAUAUUGUUUUUGUAAAGUAAAACAUUUGUCAAGUAUAACCUUAAAAUCAAACCUCUUAAAAAUGUCUUAAAAAUGUCAUUAAAAUUUGUACUGUAGCUCACAACUUAUUGUAAAUAGAAUUUUCUUUUUUUUUUUUUUCUAGGAAAAAUGAAAUGUUUCCAUAAUGAUAUGACAAGAAAUUCAACAAUUGCCUUUUGUCUCUGCAUUAAUUGAUUACAUGUGUUAUGUACCAAUUUAAUAUUGUUCCAUGAAAUUAAAUAAUCAUAGAUGUUAAUAUAAUAAUGUAAUAAUUUUGAAUUUAAAUUAUGCACUUUAAUAUCUAUGUAAAAUGUUGCAAAACAUUACAUUGUGUUUCCUUUUAGCUCUCAUGUUUAAUUAUUAGAAUUUGUGUGUGUUUAUUCAUGAACGUAUCUGUACUAUACUAUGAAUUUUAUCUUUUGUUAUUAUGUAUUAGAUAAUUUUUGAUUUUUAUGUAUUAGAAUUUGUUCAACAGCAUUUUCGUUUGCAUUCCAUGAAAAACGGAGAUGAACAUUUAGUGUUGCAAUGCCAUUACUUACUAAUAAAAAUGUACUGUAUCUUCACUA